AUGGCGCCGUACAGUAAUAUUGCCGUAAUGUUUCUCCUCAUGAUCAUGUGCUGGCGAGCUUUACCUACCUCCGGCAGCCGCGGGCAUCACAAGUGGGUGGGGCCCACGGGCCGCCGUCUCAUCACGGUGGACCGGUUCGGGUCCGGAGAUUUCGCUUCGGUGCAGGCUGCCGUGGACUCGGUCCCUGUGAACAACACGGAGAACGUGCUCAUUCUCAUCGGCCCCGGUUAUUACGUUGAGAAGGUGGUGGUGCCGGCGUCCAAGCCGUACAUAACGAUGGAAGGGGCCGGGAGGGAAGCGACCGUGAUCGAGUGGCACGACAGGGCUUGCGACCACGGGCCCGACGGCCAGCAGCUUCGGACUUAUCACACGGCUUCUGUUUCGGUUUUUUCGUCAUAUUUCUCUGCUAGAAAUAUCAGCUUCAAGAACACGUCACCCGCACCUCUGCCGGGAAUGCACGGGUGGCAAGCGGUGGCGUUUCGGAUAUCGGGCGACAAAGCCUUCUUCUCUUGGUGCGGAUUCUACGGUGCGCAGGACACCCUAUGCGACGACGCGGGACGCCAUUACUUCAAGGAUUGUUACAUUGAAGGCUCUAUAGACUUCAUAUUCGGCAAUGGAAGGUCCAUGUACAAAGACUGUGAGCUUCACUCAAUAGCAAGAAGAUUUGGGUCGAUAGCGGCCCAAGGUAGAAACUCAAUGGACGAGAAGACGGGCUUUGCAUUUGUCAACUGCAGGGUGACAGGUACGGGCCCACUUUAUGUGGGCCGAGCAAUGGGCCAGUACUCCAGGAUUGUCUUCUCCUACACCUACUUUGACGAUGUCGUUGCCCACGGAGGUUGGGACGAUUGGGAUCACCUCAGCAACAACAACAAGACUGCAUUUUUCGGAGUGUACAAAUGCUUUGGGCCUGGAGCAGCAGCAGUCCGUGGAGUGUCAUGGGCCCGAGAGCUGGACUAUGACUCGGCCCACCGAUUCCUUGCCAAGAGUUUUGUUAACGGGAGACAUUGGAUUGCCCCCUCUGAUGCUUAA